AUGCCACAAAGUACGUGGCAGGAAAAAGCCAAAGCCAAAGUAUCGGAGACGCAGGACAAUAUCCCCGUGGAAUGGCGCCUGCCAUUAUCCUAUUCUGACGUGUGCUCGCAGGAUAGUCACGAGUCCGUUCUCGAUAUUCCGCGCCGCUGCGGGAUCCUAUCGCCCAGGGAGAGUGAUAUUACUGAAUCAUUCGAUGCAACUGCCCUGCUCGAGAAGCUUGCGUCUCGCGAAUUUUCCGCCGUUGAGGUGACCACCGCAUUCUGCAAGCGUGCAGCGAUCGCCCAGCAGCUGACCUCAUGUCUCACGGAGAUGUUUUUCGAAACUGCUCUUCGCAGGGCUCGGGAGUUGGAUGAUUAUCUUCUGGCCACGGGAAACACAUUGGGCCCUCUACACGGUCUUCCGAUCAGUCUUAAGGAAUGCUAUAACAUUGCAGGCGUUCCAACGACCAUGGGAUUUGUGUCUUUCCUGGAUCGGCCCGCAAACCAAAACAAUAGUAAUUUGGUGGACAUCUUACUCGCGGCUGGGGCAGUGCUUUAUGUUAAGACCAACAUUCCACAGACGAUGAUGACGCUCGAUACGCAUAAUAACAUCUUUGGCCGGACGCUUAAUCCCCAUCGUUUGUCGCUUACAGCUGGUGGCAGCAGCGGUGGGGAGGGAGCACUGCUCGCCAUGCGGGGAUCGCUGCUCGGACUCGGAACAGAUAUCGCAGGGUCGAUCCGCGUACCAGCACUAUGUUGCGGAGUUAUUGGAUUCAAACCCUCUGCAAACCGAGUCCCUUAUGGCGGUAUAACCUCUGUUGCAAGGCCCGGGACGGCGAGCAUUGUCCCGUCUGCUGGCCCGCUCUGCCACACGCUCAGGGACGCCGAGCUACUGCUGAAAGUAGUUCUCGGCUCCAGUCCUUCAAAUAUUGAUGACAAUGCGUUAGAUAUCCCCUGGCGGGUAGGUGUUAACCAGAACCCAUUCCUCCGAGUCGGCGUGUUGGGAGAAGAUGCCCUCUACCCGCUACACCCCCCAAUGAAACGUGCAAUUGCGACCGCACUCAACAAACUUGAAGCCGCCGGACAUACAUUGGUCGAUAUAUCCGAUCAGAUGCCAUCCAUAUCAACCGCCAAGGACAUUGCCUCCCGACUCUUCAAUAUGGAUCCCGACCGGACUGCAUUGGCAUACGUUACUAGGGGUAAUGAGCCCUUCAUCCCGUCUCUGCAAUCCACAUACGACCUCGAAGGGCGCGCCCCUGAGCCUCAACUUCUGGAGCUGUACGAUCUCAACGUUGCGAAAGCCCGUCUGCUGACUGCUAUGAGGCGUGUAUUUGUGGACAACAAGCUGGACGUUAUCAUUGGGCCUGCUUAUCAGAGCUGUGCGGUUCCACACGAUACAUACGGCGUGGCCACAUAUACGGUGUUCUGCAACCUCUUCAACUUGCCCGCCUGCGUCAUCCCAUUCGACAAAGCUGACAGCGCCAAAGAUGCGGCGUUUAUUCGAGACGUUCAGUAUACUCCGGAAUACAAACCGGGAGAAGUCGAGGGUGCCCCGUGCCAUAUCCAGCUCAUCGGGCGAACUAUGAGAGACGAAGAUCUGAUUCGAAGUGCGGCAAUCGUAGACACUGUGCUGAAGGUUUAA